GGGAAGAAAUUACCAUCAUGGAAAUGGAUCAAAACAAAAAGUGAUGUCCUGUGUAGUUAUUUGUAAUUAGCAGCAUGAAACCUGUCAGUAAUGGCUAUUCGUUUUCAACAACUAAAGGGGGAUCGAACGUUUUUUGUCCGUGGCGUUGGCAGGGUAGGCGGCAACUUGGAUUACCAAAUACUCCAGGGGAAUCAAACCAAGUGACUGCUGGGCUAUAUUCGGCCAUCAAACCUCUCCACACUUGGGAAUCAUCAGGAAGCUCUCUCAACACUCACCAAGGGGGCAUAUUCAACUUCGACUUUUCUCCUGACGGAUCAGUACUGGCAGCUGCUUGUGAGGGAAAAGGCAUCCUGUUGUUUGAUCCCUUCAAUGGAAAGCUGUGUGGCUACAAAGAAAAAGCUCACCUUGACUGUGUCAACUGUGUCAAAUUUCUGGACACGAGGGUGUUAGCUACUUGUUCUGAUGACAGCACUAUAGCCUUGUGGGAUACCCGAUACUUAAAAUACAAACUUCAGAAUCUGAAUGGCCACUCGAGUUGGGUAAAAAACGUGGAGUAUGCCAGCAAUAAAGACCUUCUUGUGUCAUCUGGAUUUGAUGGCAGUAUUUUCACCUGGGAUAUUAACAGUUACUCUGAAGAUGGAGCUAAAGGAAAGAAAGUGUUUAAUUAUAAACCGCUGAUGAGGUCAAAGUUGAGUCCAGAUGGAACAAAGCUUUUUGUAUCAACAGACAAUGGGCACAUUCUUUUAAUUCACAACCUUGACCUCUCAACUUUAGCAGAGGACCUUGUUAUAUUUUCACCGUAUCAGUUUAGACAACUGAUAGAGAAUCAUGCUGGAGCAGGGUCAAAUAAAAAAAGAAACCAAGUAGAAGUUAUCAACGAUUGGCCCAUGGGCAACAAGGCCAGUGUGAUUGCAUCGUUACAGGUACAUCCUCAGGGUUGGUGUGUACUGUCGAGGAACACAAGCCGGGACAGAAGUUCAGAGUGGACUUGUAUUCAUGAUGUGCAGGAUGGUAAGGAAGAUUCAGAAGAUUCCAGUGCCAAAGAUCCAUCAGACACUCGUAAAAAUUGUGGUUCGACCAGUCCUCCCCUGUCACCAGUGCGCCCUUGGUCACCCAGAGUGAGGCAAUCAAACCACCCUGCGUUGGUCCACCACCAAAGACGUGGGGUGCUGGACUAUGAGUCAGAUCAGUCAGGAGAGGAGGUUCCUGUGAGGACUCGUUUGCGCAUUACAAAUUCCCGCGCUAGGAGUACCGUGAACAUUUCAAGGACAGGAGUUACUGCCCAUAUUUCCUCGCCAAAUUUGUCAAAUUCUAGGCUAAUAUCAAAUAUUCAACACGACACAGAGUCUCCAGGCUCCCCGUUAUCAGAUACAGACAGUGAUGUCGGGGACACAGUAGUUAUAAGGAUGGACCAUCAGGAGGACAGAGAUGAACCACAGCAGGAGGACGGGGAAAUCUCUGAUCCAGACCAGGACGAAAACAGUCGUUUAAGUGACUCCCCGCACACAGACAGUCCAGACGAACUGGAAGCAAGGCGAGCCAUAAGUGACAUUCUCACUAUUGUGUUUGGUUCAGGUCCGAGAAGACAAGUAUUCCAGUUCAAUCACAGUGAGGGAGUUAGUGACAUAUCAGAAGACGAAAGUCCGUUACAGUUUCCUUGUGAAAAACGACUGUUGUAUUAUGCAGAUGAACCGAAUGUUGGACGUGGCUUCAUCAAGGAGUUGUGUUUUAGCUCCACUGGCCGAAUGGUGUGCUCCCCUUUUGGCUUUGGUGUACGAUUACUAACUUUUGACUCCCAGUGUAGCGAGUUAUGUGAAGUAGUGCCCAAGGCUCCGGUAAAACUUUAUGAGUUAGGGUCCUGUAUGUCUCAUACUAACAAUGUUCUGACAUGUAAGUUCUCACCCACUCAUCCCUUGCUGGUCACAGGUUGCCUCAGUGGCAGAGUGGUGUUCCAUCAACCUGUUCUCUAAUCAAAUCCUCUACUAAACACU